AUGACUGGCCUUCGUAUUGCCAUCGGCGGAGACGACGCCGGCUUCGCGUACAAGGAGACUCUUAUCGAAGACCUCAACGUUGAUAAGCGAGUAAGCGAGGUCAUUGACGUCGGACCCAAUUCAGCAUCAGACAAGACCUCAUAUCCUCACUUUGCAAUCGCCGCUGCUGAGUUGGUGGCAGGGGGGAAGGCAGACCGCGCGCUCUUAGUAUGCGGGACUGGCCUGGGCGUCGCAAUCUCCGCCAACAAGGUCAAGGGCAUCCGGGCUGUUACGGCCCACGACAGCUUCAGCGUGGAGCGAGCGGUCCUUAGCAACGACUCGCAGGUGCUAUGCCUCGGUGCUAGGGUUAUCGGGAUCGAGCUUGCCAGGAGACUCGCCAAGGAGUGGUUAGGAUAUACUUUUGACCCGACAUCUGCCUCUGCAGCCAAGGUUCAGUGCAUCAUAGACUACGACAACAAGAAUAACGCACCCGCGGUUGCAACAGCUUAG